UAAAUUCCUUUCAAAUUUACUGUCAACGUCUGAAACAUAUAAAGCAGCACCAAAGUUUCCGUCAAUUCGAAAUGUGAGACCAAUCCAAUAAUCCAUACAACAAAAAGAUGCAUACCCAAAUCAAAAUCAAUCAAAACACAUUGGAAAAUCAUCGCAAACUAAACGGAAAACAAAACCCACCAGGAAGAAACUCACAGAUUGAGCUAUCAAAAAACGAAAACAAAGCCGACCCAGAUGAGAAAAACCGAACCUUUUCAACAGGAAGAGUAAAACAAGCCGUGUCAACGGCGGCCACAAGGAGGAGGAGGAGGAGAGCGAUCCUGAGCGCGAAACCCCAAGUGAACGCCGUGGAAAACCUCCGACCCCAAGACCUGCACUCCUCGUCGUCGUCGUCGUCGUUGUAAAUAGGUUGCUUCAACGACAAGCGAGGCCUCAAUCCCCAAGGGUUUGCCAGAUUUGAUUCGGCUCCAAAAGAUAAGAACGCACAACGGCAGAAGGGUUCGGGUGCGUCGAUCGUGACGAGAGCAAGAGAGAAUUCGGGUGCGUCGAUUGUGCCGAGAGCAAGAGAGAAACGUCCGCCGCUAAGAGAGAGAGGUAUACCUUAUGAUCAGAUUGAUGUCUCAGACAUUGAUUUUUUCAUUUACUUGGCUCCGAAACCGGAAGAGAUUGAGCUUUCCUCUCACUUGAAUCGGUUGUCUUGGUCGAAGGGGUCCGAUCGAGAGGCGGCGCUGGCCUCGUUAAUCAAGCGAUUAAUUAAAAAGGAUUUCAUGGAUGAUUAUGACUAUCUGGAAGGAAAUUUAAUAACUUUUACAUUUUUUCUACAGAGAUGCUUUAAUUUCCAGAAAAAGGAUUCGGCUUCCCUCUUAGAGAAGCAGCUUUCGCUUCAUACCAUAGGCUUGCUGGCCCUGAUCGUCGAGGGCGAGGAUAAAAUGUCCGAAAUCUACGGACAGUUGCUUCCCCUGAUUUCCAUGUCUCUGGAAUCGGGACAUGAACCGGCGGUGAAGCUGCUGCAAUGCUUGGCUGUUGUGAGUUUCUUUGGUGCAACUAACUCGGAGGAGACUGAAACUGCAAUGCAGGUUGUUUGGAAUUUUAUCAGUGCUCCGGAAUCUGCGAAAGAGCUUUUGCCAGAGGUUCUGGUUGCCGGAAUAUAUGCUUGGAUGUUUCUUCUUACAAGCAUGGAGGGAUGGCGGCUCAGCUACAACUACUGGAAUGGGGCGAUUUCUUACUUCUGUAAUCUGUUAGAGCACGGCGAUAAAUCAGUAUGUGUGGCGGCUACUGAAGCUCUAGCUUUGAUAUUUGAGACUGGUAGUUUGGACAAGUUCUGGAGAUCUGAAGAAAAGGUUCCGAGCACGAUCAAGUAUUCGAAUUUGCAACAAUUGCUGACAGGGAAUGUUUUGACGAAACUCAAGUCUGUUUACCCAAACAUGGGAGGUGAUGUGAAUGCUGCGAAGAAAGUCCGCCAAAUUAUGAUUUAUUUUCAGAAUUUUUGCUGCCCGGGAGCAUCUGUAGCGGUCAAUGGGAUUGAUCUGAAGUUAUCGUCAUGGUACCAGAUGAUUCAGUGGCAGUUUUUGAAGGGUUUUAUAGCUGACGGGUUUGAACUACACAUGAAGGAAAAUGAGAAGCUGUGGAGGGUGUUCAAUUUUGAUCCAUACGAAGUCGCCGAGGUUGGUGAAGAAUUGUAUGCGUCUACUACUGAUAAGAGCAGGACCCGUUUCUUUUUACCGAAAGAAAGAGAUCCGUACUUGCUAACGAAGGAAGCUACAAAGAAGGAGAGGGUUUGGAGGAACUCUCAUUUAGACAAGGCGAGAACGCAGUUGAUGAACAAACAACGCCGUUUGUCGCAGGAACUGAACAGCUGGAUCUAGUUCAUGGCAGAGUUGUUAGCUUUAAUUCUUGUUUGUUAGCAUUUCAGAGAUAAUUUCUAGAGAAAGAAUGUUAGCAGAGUCAAUGUAAAAGUAGUUUAAUUCAAUAGUAAUGCAAACAUUUCUUUUUCUGACCAUA